AGUGGAGUCACGCCCCUCCCCCCUGCGCUUGAAAUCUGGAACCGAGGCUGCCCGAUGGCGGUCACGUGACGCCGGCGUCCCGCGUGUCCUCUCCGGGCAACCGUCCUGGAGACCGACUCCGCCGGCGGCAACAUGGACAUCAUCUACCCGCUGGCCGUGCCCAAGGGGCGCCCGCUCCGCUGCGAAGUGUGCGAAGCCCCGGCCGAGCGGGUGUGCACGGCCUGCACGGUCACUUAUUACUGUGGUGUGGUUCAUCAAAGAGCGGACUGGAGCAGCAUCCAUGAGAAGAUAUGUCAGCUGCUGAUUCCGCUGCGCACUUCCAUGCCCUUCUACAACUCCGAGGAGGAGCGGCAGCACGGCCUGCAGCAGCUGCAGCAGCGGCAGAAGCAUUUGAUUGAAUUCUGCUACACCGUGGCCCAGAAAUACCUCUUUGAAGGAAAACAUGAAGCUGCUGUCCCAGCAGCUCUGCACUCGCUUCGCUUCCGCAUGAACGUGCACGGCCUGAGCUCCGUGGAGCUGGUGCCUGCUUACCUGCUGUUGGCCGAGGCGAGCCUUGGUUUGGGCCAGAUUGUCCAAGCUGAGGAAUAUCUAUCCCAAGCCCAGUGGACAGUCCUCAAGUCAACUGACUGUUGUUAUGCCACCCACUCUUUACUGCAUCGGAACCUGGGACUUCUCCAUAUAGCUAAGGAAAACUACAAGGAAGCCCGUUAUCAUCUGGCCAAUGAUAUUUAUUUUGCCAGUUGUGCAUUUGGAACAGAGGACAUCAGGACCUCGGGGGGCUACUUCCACCUGGCUAAGAUCUUCUAUGGCCUUAAAAAGUUGGACCUGGCAGACACGUUGUACACCAAGGUCUCUGAGAUCUGGAGUAAAUACCUGAAUGAUCGCUACCAAAUGCUCUCACAGGCUCGCAUCCAGCAGAUAGACUUACUGGGCAAACGAUUUGAGACCGACACCGGCUUGGAUGAGGCCCAGGAAGCAGAAGCCGUUCAGAUCCUGACUUCGAUCUGGAACAUUCGAGAAUCUACAUCCAACACAGCCCCCCAGAAAACUAUCUUUGUUCUGAAAACCCUGGUCAUGCUUUAUUACCUGAUGAUGAAUUCGUCAAAGGCACAAGAAUAUGCCAUGAGAGCCUUCAGUCUAGCCAAAGAACAGCAUCUCAGUCUCCAUGAACGAAACACCAUUGAAGAGUUACUAAGUCUUAUCUCAGCUGAAGAAGCUCAUCCCAUUCCUUCGUGACCCAUGAACUCGGCAUCAGGGGCCUGUUCGACAGGCUACUGAACGUCUAAUAUAUUCCAGCUUGCACAACUGCUUUGAAGUACUACGACUUGCUGAAGCCCCCCCCCAUUCCCCUGGGCCUGCGCACGUAGCCAUGUUUUUAUUCUUGCACAGAAUCUGUGAGGAAAUGUAGAGCUUUAGGCAUAGAAAGCAGUAAAACUGAUCUU